AUGCCUCUCCUCACCCACAACGGGCGCAGCGUCUUCGUCAAUGCCACAUGCUACGCCGAAGUCGUCGCAGCUGCAGGACGUGUCUUCUUCGCCUCCUCUGGCAUCCCUCCCCCUCGCGUGCGGUUGAGGCUGGGCUGGCCGCUUGGCUCGUGCACUCAGGAGCUGGCCACGAGCGUCGAGCUCGAGGAGGGCGCUUGGCCGGAGGGGCUUCUCCCGCAGAACACGCAACUGUGGGUCAUCGUCGGGCAGGCUGCGCCGCUCCAGAUCGAAGGACCUGCCGGCGCAACUCUGCACGCAGCUCAAGCUGCUGGAGCGCCUAACGGGCAUGACGCGGCAGGCGCGCUGCCUGAUCCAGCGGCCAUCGACAACGGCAGCGCUGGCGCUCCUGCUGCCGCCGCUUCGCCCACUCCGACGCUCAUCAAUCUCAAUGAGACGGAUGACGACCUCUUCAACGAGACUUCAACGGCUAUCAAGGACGCCAAGGGCAAGGUCCUGUUCCGAGUCCCGCACGUCGAAGAUGGCUCCAUCACCUUCGGCGACAUCUUUAAGACCGCAGAGUCCUUCCUCAAUGUACCAUGCUCUUUGUUGCUCCUGCGCAUGGACGGUACCAUCUGGGAGUACGAAGACUCGAAAGCGGAGGAGUGGUUCGCCGAGACCGACGCGGCGUUCUUCACGCCGAACGACUCUUGCGUCGUCAGUCUGCAGUACUGUGUCGACCCCAACAAGUAUGCACAACGCUACGGCAACUACCGUGACUUCAAGACCGUGAUCCUGGACGCCGGCGCAACCAUCCUCGAUCUUCGUCGCAAGCUAACGGCACAGGACAGCGACGUAUACAACGGGGUCGACCUUGACGACGUUAUGGUCCUUCCCGCAACGUCCGCCAGUCAAUCUGCGGAUUCUAACGACCCGAUCAAAGACGACACCAUGCUCGCCUCCUGCCGCAAAGCCGGUCGGCCGCUCAUUAAUCUCAGGGCGAGCACUCGUAAUGCUGAAGUGCUGCGUAAGGAGGAGGAUACACGGGCGGCCAAGAAGCGCAAAAUUGCAGCAACGCUCGCAGGAUUGAUCGUUCGCGACGACGCCGCCCGGGAGGAUGACGAAUGA